GAAUCCAGGAGCUGGGAUACUUCCAUUUGGGAAGAACCCUAGAACCCUUUAUUUCUAGGGCUCUUAUUGUCCUUCUCCUCCGUCUUCUCGCCGGGGCCAAGAGGAACACAUGUUUAAUUCUCAUGCUGUGACAAAGUUCCGCAGCGUUCUCUCGUCGGCAUCGAGGAAGAGAAUUCGUCUUCAUGAAUCUCCUCGACAAGAGCCCUUCAAACAGCUCCUUUCGCCACUGCCGGUAUUUAUUCCCAACGCUCACUUCUCGCGGAAGGCUUUCAAAGAAGCUCCUGCCAAGGAGAGAUCUCCAAAUGCCUCCGGACCGCGGCAGUACCCGGAAGUUCACAGCCAGCUCCGAAUGAGAAACUCAGCUGCUCGGCCAGUCGAGGAAGACGAGCUCGGCUUUGAAGAGCAGGCCGAGGGUGAGAUUUACGUCGAUCAACCAGAGGCCUACGUUCCCGUGGAGGCUCGUUUCUUCGCGCGAAGCGUCGACUUGAGAACACUCGCUCAAGAGAAGUCACUCGACAUUGCGGUUUCACGAAACCACUUGAUCAUCCGGCUCAAAGACGCUGCUUCUUCGAGUUCUCCCGCUGCCGAGGUGACUGGAGUUCCAACCAUCGAUUGCUGGAACGACGAAGGCUACAUGGUCAUCUUUAACUAUGGAACCGCGGUGCUCUUCAACGUUGCUCCAGGAAAGGAGGAGGAGUAUCUCAAGACAGUGAAGCAGCACUCCAAAGGCGUGUUUGACGAGCCAAACCGAGACAACUACUGUGUGGUAGUGAGGCCAACUUUGGAUAAAUGGAGCGAAGGCUCGGUGGACAGGAUCAUGGUGAAGGAACUCGACGUGAACAGCAUCCGUGUGGUGGCCGUGAUAUUGAGCCAGAGCAUCGCGCUGGAUCAUUACACUAAACAGAUCGACGCCAUGCUGAAAUCCUUCGACGAUCUCAACUUCAUCAUGCAGCAAACUGGGACUUUUAAUCUCCAGCGGCGUGAGCUCUUCAAGCUUGUCGCGUCCGUCAACACGGCUCUCGCGGAGACGAUCCUCAAGGCUGGACUGUUGGAGAGGUCCGACGUAGCCUGGCAGAACGCAAACUAUGAUAGCAUCUGGGCCUUCAUGCGCGAAGAGUUUGAGCUCGAGGACAGGUUUGAGAGCCUGGAAAAGAAGACCGGGAUUAUCCAGCACAACGUAGCGUUCUUCCUCGACAUCCUACAGAACCGCAAGUCGGACUCCCUGGAGUGGAUAAUCAUCGUUCUCAUAGCUGCGGAUAUAUGCGUGAGCUUGUACGAGAUAUUCCACGGCACGUGAAGAUCUUUAUUCAGGUCCCGCGCUUCUGUGCGCUACAGGAAGAGGUCAAAAUGCGAUCUUUUCGUCGAGUGUUGUCCUUGGUCCGGUGUAUGUCCACUUGCCAUACACUUGCCAGUAGACGACACCGACUCCAA